AUGAGCAGGGACAGAAUCCGUGUCAGAGCUUCUGGACGGAAGGCCUGGGUCGGCUAUGAUAGGGGUUGGAGCAUCAGCCAGCUCAGACUGGCCAUCGCGGAGCAAAUGGGCGCAAGGGCAGACUGCGAAUUGCAACUACAAGGCUUUGCAUUGCUCGAUCGAUCGACUUGCGACAUCAUUGAUAGCUCGAGAGAUGUACUGGAUCUGAAGACAGCUCAGGCUUCAACGGCCCCGUCAACGAGCAGAAAGAGGCUGCGACUUGUGGUGCAAGACGCAGCGACAGAUCAGCAUGGCCAGUCACCAGCCAAGCCGUUGACAGGCCCGGCGAGAGCGCUCAACGGCAGCAGCAGCAGCAGCAGCAGCAGCAGCAGCAGCGCGAGCUCAACCAGUAGCGCCUCCAGCUCUGACUCGAGCGAAACGCCAAGCUCAUCCGACUCCGGCGGCUCUUCUUCCGAUGUCGAUGUCACGAUAGCGAGGAGUGAAUCAUUGCAAUCGAGUAGCCCUUCCGACUCGUCGGAUUCCUCGCCUUCUCGCGCCAGUGAUGCUCUCGCAAGAGCCAAGCGUACCGCCAUCGCCAGCCUAGCCAGCCUAGACGCAUCCGCACGAGAUUCCGGACCGGCGGAGGGUCCGAAAAUCCCUCGGGAGAAUGGGCAGGUGCCACCAGGACAGGGCAAAGCAAAGACGCGAGCCCGCAAUGCGCGCAAGAAGAAGAAGCUACAACACGAUCGCCUGAUCACGGGCUCCCUGCAGGUCCACUCUGGAUCACCGCUGCCUAUGACCGCUCCUACAACAUGCGCGGCGAUCGGCAAGACACUGCCUGUCCUCUUUCAUGCCCAUCCAUGGCUGCCGCCCUCAUUGCGAGACGAUCUGCCGCCACACAUCUCAGUCGUCUCCCUCGACGUCGAAGCCAGAGAUUUUGUGCCUGGGCAGCUACAGCCCGACUUUGUUCCUCAGCUGGCUCCCACUAAGCACAAGCGCGAGAGCGUAGCCAGCAACGGGCACACAGAGGCGCCCCUGGCAGAGAUCGAGCAACUUUAUGCGCAGAUGAUGCCAAUUGAGCCUCACCUCCUCGAGCAGGGUAUGCGCAUUGCGGUCAAAAAUGUCGAGCUCGAUGCGGAAAGCUGCAUGCCCAUCGAUAUACUUUACGCGGGCACGGUGGCCUGGGUCGAGCGAAAGGUCGCUGCCCGGCAGGACUUGAUACCCACCAGCGCAGGGCAGGCGACGGCAUACGCAACGGAGACGAAGUUUGGCCUCAGACUGGGCGACGCAACUCUGAGUCGCCUUGCAGCCUCGUUCGGAGUCGAGAGCGCCGAGCAGAUCGACGAAGAGGGCGAGCUAUCCGGCAAGGUCCGCUUCGGUCAAGACGCACUCGCGAGCCGCGCGACACAGAGCAUACGCGAGCUACUCGACAUUGAUGAAGCCGAUGUCAAGACGUUCGAUUGCGAUCUCAUUCUCUCUGGAAGGCUGCUGCCCUAG